CGGGGACUCCGGGCGCCGCCGAGCGGCAGGGCGCUGGGGCGGGCCGUAAGCACCGCGGGGCCCGGACACGGCAGGUUCGAGGCCGGGCCCCCGCGCGGGGAGCCGCGGGGUGGCGACUUUGCGGCGCGGCACAGAGCAGGCGGGAGCCGGCGGGGGCCUCGGGAGCCCCAGGGCGGCCGGGCCCGGAUCCCGGGGGAGCCUCGCGAGCCCGGACCGGAGCCUCGGCGUGUGCAUCCCCGGCAGGGCCCGGGCUGCAGGAGCACAGAGCAGCCGGGCCUCGCGGAGCUCAGAGCGCGCCUGACCCGGGGCGCACCGUGGGACUCGGGCGCGGGGCUGGCGGAGAGCUGCCCCGCGGGGCUCACAGCAGCGGAGUGGCCUACAGGGGCCCUCCCCCGGAGGGGCCGGGCCGGGCCGGGGAGAUGAACGGUUUCAGCACCGAGGAGGACAGCCGCGAAGGGCCCCCUGCCGCCCCCGCCGCCGCCCCGGGCUACGGCCAGAGCUGCUGCCUCAUCGCGGACGGUGAGCGCUGCGUCCGGCCCGCGGGCAACGCCUCCUUCAGCAAGAGGGUGCAGAAGAGCAUCUCGCAGAAGAAACUCAAGCUGGACAUCGACAAGAGCGUAAGGCACCUGUACAUCUGCGACUUCCAUAAAAAUUUCAUCCAGAGCGUCCGAAAUAAACGGAAGAGGAAGACAAGUGAUGAUGGCGGAGAUUCCCCUGAGCAUGAUGCUGACAUUCCUGAGGUUGAUCUGUUCCAGCUGCAGGUGAACACUCUCCGACGCUACAAACGGCACUACAAGCUGCAGACCAGACCCGGCUUCAACAAGGCCCAGCUAGCAGAAACUGUGAGCCGACACUUCAGGAACAUCCCGGUGAAUGAGAAAGAGACGCUCGCCUACUUCAUCUACAUGGUGAAGAGUAACAGGAGCAGACUGGACCAGAAAUCGGAGGGCAGCAAGCAGCUGGAGUGAGGCACCAGCAGCCAGAGGAGGCGGAGGCCUUGGUGAGAGGACAGCAGUGAGAUGCUUGAUGACAAGUGGUGUCUGCACAUCUCAGCCCAUAAGGACUGUUCACGUCUACUGUAAAUAAAGUUUGAAUGAUGGAUACUGUAAAUCUCUCUGUCAGGAGGAUUAUAUUCUUACAGGUUAGCAUGUGUAUAGAAAGACUUUCACUGCUCAGACUGAAAAACAAUAUCAUAAAAGGAAUUUUAAAACCAUGUCUUGAAUACUCAGCAAAGCUUUAAAUCAAUUCUCCUGGAAAUGCCGGGUGAUGUGCAUCUUGGCAGUCACCGUGCAGUACCAGGCAGCCACGGGCGAGGCCCAGCCCUGGUGGCAUGGCUCAGUGACAGUGGAGGCACAGAGUGGACCCACGUUUAGACUGACCGAUGCCCACUGGGGACACAAGCAUGCCGCUUUACUUCAAGUUUUGCCAUUUAGUAGCGACUCAGUUUGACACUGGUCCCCCAGUGGCCCUGCGACCCGUCCACAGUGGGCACCCCGUGUGUGUUGGCCAGAGCUGUCACAGCCACGCAGCUUCUGCUUUUCUCCUCCCACCACUGAGACCCGUCAUUUGUGUCCCACUCUGCUUAGCCACUAGAGGUGGGGGAAACCCUGCCCCUCCACGGGAGCUGAGGAUGCAGAACUGGCUGCUGUGAUUCUAGAAUUGACACGCACAUGUCACAGGCUGAUCGUGGUGGUGCGUGCUUUAGUCCCACCACCUUGUCAAGAGGACAAGGCAGAAGGCUAGAGAGCUCCGGAGUAAGCGCGGCUAAAGACCCUGUCCCAGAAACAAAAUGGUGAACCUUGGGAUGGCUCAUCAGGUAAAGGCACUUCCUGCCAAGCCUGAUGAGCUGAGUUCAGUUCCUGGCCAUGUAGUGGAGAGAAUUGACUCCUGCAAACUGUCCUCUGACCAGCACACACACAAUCGAUAAAUAAAUUUUUAAAGGUUUUAAGCAAAACCAUAUCCCUCCAUGAGAGUCUUCUGCACUUUACCCAGAGUGAGGUAUAUACCAUAACCCGUUAUGCUCCUGGCAGGGCGUGCUCUGACAGACAAAGAUGGAGUGUCUAGGCUCAUGUUUUCUGUCUUUAGUUCACAACCUUCGGGAGAGCUGCCAAGGUCCCCAUGGGAAGAUGAUGUGUCUGGACUUGGCUCCUUGGCCCUGUGAGGCCAAAAAAAAGUGUGGGUGAGGGGAGACAAAAGUCACUGCCACCUGGUGCUCAAGUGAGGAAGCCAGAAUCCGCCUCCUUUCAGGGAGAAUGCUUGCUAAGGUCAUUUUUUUUUAUUUAUUUAUUUUUUUUUUCGAGACAGGGUUUCUCUGUGUAGCUUUGCGCCUUUCCUGGAACUCACUUGGUAGCCCAGGCUGGCCUCGAACUCACAGAGAUCCGCCUGGCUCUGCCUCCCGAGUGCUGGGAUUAAAGGCGUGCGCCACCACCGCCUGGCUUAUUUUAUUUAUUUAUUUUUUUUUUUUCGGCUAAGGUCAUUUUUAAAGUAUUCAUUUUUCUCAUUGUUCAAGUCAGACUCUGCUGUCUGGUUAUGUCAGAACCAAAGCAUCCUGGGAGAGCAGAGCUUUUCUAUCCAAAGAUGUUUGCAGAAUCUCCAGUUGGUGGGGCAAAGGAUGUGGGUAGGAGGAUAAGAGAAAAAGAUUCCCAAGUUCCAACCAUCCUAGUGUAUAUUUGGUCAAAUGUCUCCUUUUCCUAUUUCAAUUCUGAGUUUUCCUUAAGCCUCAGCUAACAAGAGGACAGCAGGGGCCUGGUCCAGCAGUUUAAUGUCUCCCAGAUGGCUUCCCCUGAGCACCAUCUCAGAAAGCAGUUAACCCCACACUGAGUGAGUGAAGGUAUGUGUGAUGGUCUCCCUUCUGUGGAGCAGAACACCAUGCUUCUGUGGAAUGGGGACGGGCCCCCAGUGUCACUAACUUACAGUGUGUUCCCAGAGUGCUCAAAAUGCACGCCAAACAGACUUCAGCCUGGUAGAGCGUGUGUAAAUAGGUGUAUGUAGAAUAUGAAAGGUGUCCUGGUUGCAAGCAAGGGCUGAUGAUGUGCCCACUGGGUGUUUUCUGUCCGCAACUCCAUGCAGAAGCUGGUCUCCCUCCCACCACUGAUGGAGGCAAUGAAGGAGGAGGAGGGGACCCAGGAGAAGCUGGUGUCUGAGGGCAGACGGGACCUUUAAUUUAACUGGCCCUGUGGAAAUGUCAGUAUCUUAUCAAGGAAGAAAAUGUAGCUUUCUGAUGUUUAAGCCAAAACUGUGAGCAUAUAAGUUGUAUCACUGUUUCUUCAGCAUCGAAUUUAGUUUCCUGUGGAGAGGCUUGCUUCUGUUUAAGAUCUGCCGUUCGGCUCCAUCUGUUCCCAUGUUUCUAUGUCCAGAUCCGAGCUGGGGAACAUCUGCCCUCCAACCAGUUCCUGUCCCAGAAUCCUUGUCCUCUGAUGCACGCAGCCUUAGAGAAGGAGAGGCCGGGCUAUCUUUUUCAACCUUUCAAAACAGAUCACCUGACAGAAAAGGCCAAGCUAUUCGAACUUACAUUUUUCUCAUGUCCAGAAGUCUGCUGUGUGAUCAAAGCAGCCAGCCUCUUGCCUCCCGCCUGCUGGCUAAGCCAUGGUGAGAGCUGCUUGUCUUCAAGAAGGGCUGAGGCCUGGCUUGGGGAGCAGCUGGGGUUGUCGAGAGAGCAGCGCUCAUCUCGGGUGCCUGUGUUUUCAUAUCACCUGUCCAUGCCUCGCACACUCCCCUACUCCCCCGCAAUCUGUGAUGGCUCAGCGUGGUCUUUUCUCUACUUGGUGCUCCUGGACAAAACUGGCAUUUCAAGUCCAGACUGGCAUGGCUUCCCACAGUUCCAUCCUGUCUCUGGUCUAGCCUGGUGUGGUUCUCCAGUGUACCCUAAAGGUGAUCACAUGGAGACAUCCAUAGCCUACCAUUCAUGCUGGGCUUUAAAAUUUUUACAAGGCAAAUGGACGGGCUUCUUGUAUCUCAUUUCAUGGAACAAACUGUGAAAGAAAAAAAAGGUCAUAGCCAAUCCUCAGGAAAGACAGCAAACCAAAAUUCCAGGUGGGGUUGUGACUUGAGGAACUUGGCUUCUGUGUGCUGCAUGUCCCUGCCAUAGCUAGCUAUAAUCAUAGGAGCCUCUCAGAGAGCAGCUCUUAAUGUUGCAAGUAGAGCUUAUAGCGGCCUUUGUCUGUGUGUGUGUAUGAGUGCAUAGGAACUUCCUGUUCAUAUUUUACCAAGUGACUGCCCGGUGUGUGGUGGUAGGAUAGCUUGUCCACUGUAGUGGGUGGUCCCGGGCAUAGUCCCAAAGAAGUUGCCUUAUCAACACCAUCUGAAGGCUCUCUGUUCUGUGACGGGAUCUAAAUAAAAGAUUGGAAGUCUUGACUCCUCCCAUCCAGCUCCCCCAUUGGUGCUGACAUUCUCCCUACCCAUCUCAUCUCGGAAGCGUCUGCACUUGGCCACCUCCAAGGACAGAGAGCUCACUACCUCCUGGGGAAGACUCUUCUGUCAGUUAGCUUCUGACUUUUCUGUGCUCUCUGAAAUUUGGGGGCCAUGUGAACAGAGUGGCUUAUUGGGCAAUUGUUCCACACACUGUAUCUUUUUCUAGACGAGAACAGCUGGAUAUAACGUGUUUUGACUGCCUUUACCCCUAAGUUUUGGUCUUGGUUCCUUGUUGGAAAAUGUUGAAGAAACCCUUCAUGCCAAAGUUGCCAGCAGAGAAUCCAAGUCAUCGGCGGCCUUAGUCCCAUGCUGGCCACACAGUCUCAUGGCAUCUCUGAGGGGAACCCACAGCUGUAGCGUUUUAAACAGCACAUGGCUUUGCCUGGAGUCCGAGGUCCCCAGGUUACUGAGGACCCGUGCCGUACGGUUCCCGUGAGGGCUUCACCAGCAAAGCUGAAGUAGAUGGGAUACCAGUUCCUCAGAGUCACUCAAGGUGGCUCUCCCAUCAGUUUUCAGUGAAUUGGGGACAUAAAGUCCUAAGUGAUUUGCCAAGUUCACAUGUUAGUGAGGGGCCUUUGUGACCCGACCAAGUUGGUCGUUUGUAGGGUGACAGGUGAUCCAAGGUAAGCUGCCCUGACGUGCCUCAGAGCUUAUCACUGCCCCGCCAGGGCAGCUGAGCUCCUGGGGACAAACGCUUGCAGAAUUCCAAGUGGAAUGAUAGGGACUGCUGAGCUUAGCAAAAUGACUGGCCGAGGAGCAGACCCCCAGCCGGCAUGCCCACCACAGCCCCCAGCCCCCUGCCACCCAGGAUAGCUGUGAAUGUGGCCCACCACGGAAUUGAAAGUUUGAAGCAUUAUGAGAUUUGUUUUACAAUGUGUAAAACUCAGUUGUGUUCUUGAGCAUAAAUUUUUGUUGACAGUUAGGCCCAGAGAAGCCAAAGGUUGAGCCAACCCCUGUGGGAUGCAGUGUUAGCCUGCACCGUAUCCUUAUAAAGUGGGCUCUGCCUGUGAGCUCUGCCCAACUCCUGCCUUCCACCCUGGCUCUGAGGCUGGGUGAUGGCCCUGGCUCCAGGUCCCUACUGAACUAAGCAGGGCAGUCAGGUGAGGGGGAACAAGGUCAGGCUCAUGCCCUAGGGACCUCAUGCAUUUGGAGGUGCCUUUGCAUUAUUUCAUUGGAUUGCAGACUGGUUCCAAGUUUAUGGUCAGGAAAAGGAAAGUCACUGUGAUAUUUGAAGUGGGCGAAGUAGGCCUGGGGCUUCAGGCAGAGCAUCUCCGGUGGGUUCCUUCCCCCUGCUGGCACCUCUGCACACAAAGCCUCCCUCCGCUUACGGUCACGCGCCAUCCUUGCCUGCUUUCUAUUGCCUGUGAUGCCCAUUGGAGUGUCCUUGGGGAAUGGGGUUUGUCCGCUUUGUAACUGCCUUAUUGAAGAGUAAGUGCCCUUCCAUCCCAGGCCUCCGACUGUAUUUGUUUUCCUGCCAAACUUGGGGGGAGGGGGGUCAUUUGUCUUUUGAUUUCUGUGCCUGUGGCUCUGUACUGUUGAAGGUCUCAAUUCUCUGGACUCUCCUUAGCAUGUAAGUGACUCCUGUCGCAGUGUCACACAGAUGGGAUGGCCCGACUUUUAUUCUCAAUAAAUGAUCUGAAUGAGCAAGAGACA